CCGCCGCCGCCGCCGCGGUCGCAGGCCGGGACGAUGCUGGAAACGCUGCGGGAGCGGCUGCUGAGCGUUCAGCAGGACUUCACUGCCGGGUUGAAGACUUUGGGCGACAAAUCAAGAGAAACGAAAAAAAGCAGGCAGAGAACAGCUCAGUGUUUGCCAGAGUUUUCUGCUGGACUGGAAUUACUGAGCAGAUAUGAAGAUGCUUGGGCUGCCCUUCACAAAGGAGCCAAAGAUUGUGCAAAAGCUGGAGAGCUGGUGGAUAGUGAAGUUGUGAUGCUUUCUGCACACUGGGAGAAGAAAAGAAACAGUCUGGUGGAACUACAGGAUCAGCUCCAACAAAUACCUGGGUUUUUAGCAGAUCUAGAAUGCCUCACGGCAAGCCUCGCCCAGCUAGAGGCGAACUUUGAGGAAAUGGAGAAUCAUCUAUUGUGUCUUGAGGACCUAUGUGAACAGUGCGAGUUGGAAAGAUACAAAUGUGUGCAGACAUUGCAGCUGGAAAACUACAAGAAAAAAAAAAGGAAGGAACUUGAGACCUUCAAAGAUCUGAUACUACUUGGAAUUUUUGUUAUUAUACUGGACUGUAAAAUAGAGAUAAUUGCCUUCAGUCAGUCUUUUUCUGGCCUUUUGGACCUUCAGCCAAUUCCUGAGCUAGAUGCUGAACAUGCACAGAAGGUUUUGGAUAUGGAGCACACCCAGCAGAUGAAGCUAAAGGAACGUCAGAAGUUCUUUGAAGAAGCCUUCCAGCAGGACAUGGAGCAAUACCUUUCUACAGGAUACUUGCAGAUAGCAGAGAGGCGAGAACCGAUUGGAAGUAUGUCUUCCAUGGAGGUCAACGUGGACAUGCUGGAACAGAUGGACCUAAUGGAUAUGUCUGACCAAGAAGCACUUGAUGUCUUUUUAAACUCAGGAGGCGAAGACAAUAAUAUGCUUUCUCCCAUGCUGGGGCCUGACCCCAACACCUAUGUGAAUGAGAUCAGUCUUCAGGUUCCGAGCCAGUCUGAAUUACGACAGAAACUGUCUUCGCUGUCAUCGACCUGCACUGACUCUGCCAGCCAAGAUGCGAGUGAAGGAGAGUCUCCAGUUAUUCAGUCUGAUGAAGAGGAAGUUCAAGUGGACACUGCUCUUGCUGCUGUAACUGAAAGAAAGGGCGCUUCAGAUGUUAGUGAUGAAAGUGACUCUCAAACUAUUUGAAUCUUAAAACCAUAUCCUUUAAGAAUGACUUCUGAAUGAAUGAACACGUGAAUGAAGAGCUUGCCUGAGUAAUGAUUUGCUAACUGAGCAGAACAGCCAGAUCUUUUUACUUAGUCAUUACAGCCUUUUUACAAAAUUGCCAGUCAUGUGGAGGUGGGUUUUUAAACAAAACGAUGCCUAAAGCACACACACUUUAACAGCAGUCGUGGGGCUCAGGGGAGCAGGAAAACUUUUGUAUAUACUAUGUAUAAGAGAAUUAAAGAGGAAGGAUACAAAACUUUGACCACUAACCUUGAAAUGGCUGAUUGGAAAUACUUAAGACUUGAUGUGUAAUACUGAACCCAAAUUGUUCCUUGCAUGUUUUCAGCUGCUGCAACUGAAGAUUUAGGAACCAAACCAAAAUGAAAAGUUAUUUUCUACUCUUUACUACCUACUGUCUGCCUACUGCCUUUGUCUACUAAUGCAGCAGUGUCUAUUCUCUUACACUUCUUAUUCAGGGCCAACUUAGUUAUCAUAGGUUUUAAGGAAAAGAAAAAAGAAACUGAAAAGGAGGAGAGAUGCAUAUUGAAAUGUUACACUCCUCGUGGAGCAGAUAUCUUAGCAUUGUAUAAACUUACUCCUCUUUCGAGAUAAAAUAAAGUAUUUCUAUCCUGACCAUGUCUUUUACUUGAUUACCCAGAUAUUUCAUCCAUGACAGUGAACAGAGGAGACUAAUUGAGAAAGAAAUGGUUAUUUAUACUGAGCACCAGUGUAAUUUAGUUUUCCAUGGUAACAUCUGUUUGACUGCACUGAUGCAGGCCAGCCGUUUAAGGGAAAUAAACCCAAAUGGAUUCUAAAUUAAGUGCCUACAUGUUAUAAACCUUAGGACCUGUAGUCAUCAUCAUCUUUCUGCCAUUUUUUUUUCUGCAGUCACUUUUCUCUCUAAACUCGAGGUCUGAACAUGUCUAACACCUAUUUCUUGUCAAGUCUCGCGCUCUUGUUUGCAGGGAUCUGCUCUCCUUUGAGAAGGCUCCUGGCUCCUGCUCUUCAUGCACGGAGGGAAGGAAUGUAAUCAGAACCAGCGUAAGUAAAAGGAUGAGCUGUGAUGUAGAGACCCCUUCCAAAGACCUGCCCUGACAAAGCUAAUGGUUGGGAAUGAGGCAUCUCCUGCCCCCAGCCAGUUUCCCUAAGGAUUCACUCUGUAGCUGCCAAAGCAUUUCCUGACCCCUCUCGGGGAAAUGACACUGAGAAGCUCUCUGCCUACAAUGAGGUAUUUACUACUUAGCAAGCCAUCUGCUGAAAGAAAUUUUUCUUGAAGGAGCUUAAAUUGUUCUAGAAGGAGCUUUCUUUACUCACUUUCCAGAAGACAGACAAAAUGUCCAAAAAAGUUUUGUUUUUUUAUUAAACCUUGUAGUACAAACCUGGAAAGUAAACAAAAAACUGGCAAUAAACAACAUGAAGUCUUUCCUUACAAGGAAAGAGAGCAGAGCAGCGCUAAUAAAUUAAAUGUCAAACUGUAAGCCAUAGUCAGAAGUUUACUGUCAAGAGGGAAAAGUACACAGCAAGGCCAUAAAAACCAGACAACCACAUUUGAAAAACACUUGACUCUGUUUAUGUUAUUGUUAAAUAUUCCAAAACAGUUCAGUCUUCUGCAACAACAACCAACAAAUUGUAUUAUAGGACUUUCCUGACAGUCACCACUGGCAAGCUCAGUGCAAUAUGGGUAGCUACGGUAUUGUUGAAUUCAAUUACGAAACAAAACAGUUUGUGAAAACAUUUUCCCUUUUUUAUUCCACACAUACUGUACACACAACCAGAAAAGGGCAACAGCUACUCCAAUAUUAUUUUUUGUUGUUGUUCAGUGAUGUAAGCAGCACUUAUAAAUGUUACAAGAAAAACCCUGUAAGCAUCCAAUCCAACCGAUGAAGAAAGUGAAACGUAAGGCUUUUCUUCAUCUCGUCUCCUCGCCAUCCCUCCCCCCACCCCAAGAAAAGGCUCAAGUAUUUAAAAAAAUUUACAGGCAUAUGUACAAAAGGUGUGAUUUUUUUUUUUGUUUUGUUUUGUUACAACAUGAAGAGAAAAAAAAUAGACAAGAUGAAAGCAAAUGCAUUUUCACAUUCAAAAGAAAUAUGCAGACCUGCUAGUGGCUCUAAAUGUGAUCACGUAAUGAAACAAACUCGAAACAA